GAAUAAAUAUAUACACAAGCUAUUAGAUGUUAUCUAUUCAUGUUUCUGCAAUUAUGCAUAUGACACUUCCAUGUUAAAGCUUAGAGUGAAAUUGCCCUCUCACUCUGCAAGAUGCUCCGACUUCAACCUACGACGAUCAAGAUAGCCACGCGCGAUAUUAGCGACGCCGAGCGUCGAAGCCGUUACAGAAAGCACCUACUCAGUCGUCAGAAGGCCAAUAAAAGACACGAUGAUCUCACCCAGCUUGAUCAAGGAACCGUGCUUGAAGAUGCCCUCAAAACCAGGAUCGUAGCACCAACCACUGACUCUAGCAUUGGGCAAGACACGCCAGGUUCAGAUGGCAGAAAUGAGUCAGACGGUGAAGAGGAGUUAGGAUCAUCAGUUCCUCCGCUAGACUACGGUAGCAUCAGUUCCGAGGAGACCACCUACGUGGACGUUGUUCACGGCACCAACCGCCUGCAUCGACAACCAGACCAGCAUCGACUUCCUUUCCGCCCGCGACAAAGCUUGGAUGAUCAUGAAGAUGCGGAUACUGCGCCCGUCCACACACAACCCCACGAUAAUGUUAGGGAUGGUUCCGUGACGGAUGAGGAUGAACGCGAUACGAUGGAGCAACCUUUGGCAGCAACUCUGGACGGAUCAACGUAUGAAUCGGAAGAAGUCAACGACGACCUCUUGCAGACCUCGGGAGAACUUAUAGACCCCCCCGAAAAUGCUGGUGAGCUUUCAAUCUCACCGGCUGACGAAGGGUUGGAGCCUACGACACUCCGAAGACAUUUUCCUGUGUACAGCGAUCGCCUACCCGUUGAAGAACAACCUCAAACUCCAAGACAACUUCCAGAAGCUCGCCAUCAAAGCAGGGUUGAUGGAGUUUAUACGGCGCCAGUUCGAGGACGACGAGUGAGAGUCGAAAUUGACGAUGCACCAGUGACAGUAAGGAGAAGGCGUGCUGGAGGCAAUACUAGCCCAGUAGGGUUGAGAACACCAGGGUUUCAGGGUUUGUACGGAGGCAGUGAGAACGCCGACGAUGUGUGAUGUGAUUUGCCGACAGACAUCCGUGGUGAUGUCAGGUGGUCCAUAAUCGUCGGCAAAUGCAAGGAGUACGAGGAUCAGUCUUGCUAAUACAAGAUAAACGGAGCAUAAUAUUACGGUGACUGUUGGUUUUGCUGAUCAAGCAGGGCGUUGACUGAAGUUAUUAGACACCUUACCUUACCUUACGUUAGUUUGUUAUUGAAUCAGGAUAAUGAACUGUUCAGUUCGUUUCCAAGACGAUGUCAACUAAAGGAGCAUUCCUCCCUUGA